GGGGGCACUGUCUGUCCUGGAGGUGGCUGGGCCCAGGGCACAGAGCAGGGCUGGGUGCCCAGGGGGAUCUGCCAGUCACGGAGUCCCAGCCCUUCCCAGCCUUCAGUGGCUCCAGCCUGGGUCCCUCUUCCCCAGCCAGUCACAUACAGGUGGCCCUGCGUUGGCCCUCUCUCCUUCCACGCCUCCCAGCCCCAGGACAGCAGGCACACAGCAGGGGCGCGCUUGGAGCCGCCCUCCCCUCCACCUGACUCUGAGUGAGGGGCAGCUCCGGGGCUGGGCUGGGUUCCGUCCUGCCCCCACCCCCUUCAGGUGCUGCACGCGGCAGCCUUUCCCGCCCUGUGUGUCCUCAUCAGCCAUCCCCCGGAGCCUCAGGAACUGGUCAGGCAGUAUCUGGCCAACGUGCAAUGAACAGCUAGAGUUGGCAGCAGGACCCACAGCUCAGGAAGGCGCCAGGUCACGGGGAUGGUCAGGAAGCUCGGGGGCAGGGGCAGGAGUCACUCUUAGGCCUGGGUCAGGGCUCUUCCAGGUGGACCCCGGGGCCUCUCCCCUCCUCCUUUGCUGGCUGGGUAUGGAGGGCCAGCCUCUGGCCGAGACAGGCCCGGGAUCUGCUGGAUGGGCCCAGGGGCUGCCUGCUGCCCACAAUGCUGGCACGAGCCGUAACUCACUGCUGUGGCUUGGCGUCCUGGCCCACCGUGUCCAGGCACUGGGGAAGCCAUAACUGGCUUUGGGUGGAGUGUCUGAGGGUGCAGGGCUGGUUUCAUGGUCCAAGAGUCAGUGGGUGUCGUAGGUGUAGGGCAUUCCUUGGACAGUCAAGGGCCUCCUACUGCAGUUUUUCACCGUUUUAUUAAUAUCCACGAGUCAUCAUGGAGCACACAGAAAUCUCACCCUGACACCAAGAGUCGUCAUGGUCUCUGCCUGGGUCACCACAGUGAGCCCUGUGGCUCAGCUUUGCACCUGUGGCUGACGUCAUUGCUGAGGACUUGGUCCUGUCCAUGGAGCAGAUCAACUGGCUGUCACUGGUCUACCUCGUGGUAUCCACCCCAUUUGGCGUGGUGGCCAUCUGGAUCCUGGACUCCGUCGGGCUCCGUGCGGCGACCAUCCUGGGCGCAUGGCUGAACUUUGCCGGGAGUGUGCUACGCAUGGUGCCCUGCAUGGUUGUUGGGACCCAAAACCCAUUUGCCUUCCUCAUGGGUGGCCAGAGCCUCUGUGCCCUUGCCCAGAGCCUGGUCAUCUUCUCUCCGGCCAAGCUGGCUGCCUUGUGGUUCCCAGAGCACCAGCGAGCCACGGCCAACAUGCUCGCCACCAUGUCGAACCCCCUGGGCGUCCUUGUGGCCAACGUGCUGUCCCCUGUGCUGGUCAAGAAGGGUGAGGACAUUCCGUUAAUGCUCGGUGUCUAUACCAUCCCUGCUGGCGUCGUCUGCCUGCUGUCCACCAUCUGCCUGUGGGAGAGUGUGCCCCCCACCCCGCCCUCUGCCGGGGCCGCCAGCUCCACCUCAGAGAAGUUCCUGGAUGGGCUCAAGCUGCUCGUGUGGAACAAGGCCUAUGUCAUCCUGGCUGUGUGCUUGGGGGGAAUGAUCGGGAUCUCUGCCAGCUUCUCAGCCCUCCUGGAGCAGAUCCUCUGUGCAAGCGGCCACUCCAGUGGGUUUUCCGGCCUCUGUGGCGCUCUCUUCAUCACGUUUGGGAUCCUGGGGGCACUGGCUCUCGGCCCCUAUGUGGACCGGACCAAGCACUUCACUGAGGCCACCAAGAUUGGCCUGUGCCUGUUCUCUCUGGCCUGCGUGCCCUUUGCCCUGGUGUCCCAGCUGCAGGGACAGACCCUUGCCCUGGCCGCCACCUGCUCGCUGCUUGGGCUGUUUGGCUUCUCGGUGGGCCCCGUGGCCAUGGAGUUGGCGGUCGAGUGUUCCUUCCCCGUGGGGGAGGGGGCUGCCACAGGCGUGAUCUUUGUGCUGGGGCAGGCCGAGGGAAUACUCAUCAUGCUGGCAAUGACGGCACUGACUGUGCGACGAUCGGAGCCGUCCUUCUCCACCUGCCAGCAGGGGGAGGAUCCACUUGACUGGACAGUGUCUCUGCUGCUGAUGGCCGGUCUGUGCACCCUCUUCAGCUGCAUCCUGGCGCUCUUCUUCCACACCCCAUACCGGCGCCUGCAGGCCGAGUCUGGGGAGCCCCCCUCCACCGGUAACGCCGUGGGCGGCGCAGACUCAGGGCCGGGUGUGGACCGAGGGGGAGCGGGAAGGGCUGGGGUCCUGGGGCCCAGCACGGCGACUCCGGAGUGCACGGCGAGGGGGGCCUCGCUAGAGGACCCCAGAGGGCCCGGGAGCCUCCACCCAGCCUGCCACCGAGAGACUCCCCGUGCGCAAGGCCCAGCAGCCACCGACGCGCCCUCCCGCCCCGGCAGACUCGCAGGCAGGGUCCAAGCGUCCAGGUUUAUUGACCCGGCCGGGCCUCACUCCUCCUUCUCCUCCCCGUGGGUGAUCACGUAGCUGAGCGCCUUGUAGUCCAGGUUGCCCGCCGCAUCGAUGGAGGCGAACUGGAACAUCUGGUCCACCUGCGGGCGGGGGCGAAAGGGCUCCCUGCGGGCUCCGGGAGCGAAUUACAAGCGCGGACCUGCA